AUGACAAGUUUAAGAAGUCCUUUAGAACAAAGUUCAGGUUUUAUAUUUCCUGAAACUUCAUCCCCAAAUUCAAGAAAUUCAAGAGAUUCAAUAAAUUCAAGUCCAAAAUCAAAUAAUAAUAAACAUGGUCAUUCACAUAGUCAAAGUCAUAUUUAUACAAUAAAUCCAAAUGAAUCAAAUUAUUUUAUAUCAAAUUCAAGAUUUCCAACUUUAUCACAAAUUAAUACAAUUGAUGAAAAUUUAGUUGGUAAUUAUAAUAACAACAAUCAAAAUCAAUUUGAAAAAUCAUUUAAUAAUUUAAAUUUAAAAAAAAUUAAUUCAAGAGAUACAAUAAAUUCAGAUUCAACUUUAAUUGAUUCUUUACAUAAUAAAAAUGAUUCAAUAAAUUCAAUAAAUUCUACAGAUACUUUAAAUAGUUUUAGAUUGAAAAGAUUUAAUUCUUCAUCAUCAGUACCACAAUCAAAUACAUCUGAAUUUAAUUUUUCAUAUAGUAAUCAUUCACCAAGUGGUUCAAUUAGUGGAAUUUCUUCAUCACCAAGUUAUUCAAUAAAUUCAAUAAAUUCAGUUAAUAGUGGUAAUAAUAAUAAUCAAUUUAAAAAAAUUGUUAAAUUCCCAAAACCUGAAAAUUUAAAUAUAAUGAAUAAUACUGAACUUUCUUUAAUUAUUGAAGGUAUGACUUCAGAAGAAAUUGAUUCAAUUUUAAUAUUAGAUGUUCGUCCUUUCAUUGAAUAUAAUUUAAAACAUAUUAAAAAUUCAAUUAAUUUUAAUUUACCUUCAACUUUAUUAAAAAGAACAAAUUUUACAUUAUCAAGAUGUUUAAAUAAUUUAUCCAUAAUGGAAAAUGUUAAAAUUAAUAAAUUUUUAAAUAAUCAAUCAACAAUGAAAAAAAUUAUAAUUUAUGAUGAUUUAAUAAUGAAUGAUAAUAAUGAUGAAGUUUCUUUAGCAACUUAUGGUACUUCAAUGAAAUUUUUUAAUGAUUUAAAUUUUAAAGGUGAAAUUUAUGUAUUAAAAAAUGGAUUCCAAAAAUUUCAAUUAGAAUUUAAUGAUUUAACUGAAGCAACAACAAAUACAGCUCCAACAUCACAAUUCAAACCACCACAUAAUAGAUCAUUAUCAUUAGCAAAUGUUUCAUCAUCAUCAUUAUCAAGUCCAAUUUCUCCAAAUUUAUCAAGAUUUCAAUUACCAAAAUUACCAAAAACUCCAGUUUUCAAAAUUAGACAUAAUGAAGAAUUUUAUGAUUUUGAUAAUUAUAAAAUUAUAAAUGAAUUUAAAUUUUUAAAUCAAUUUAUAAAUGAACCGGAUACAGAUGAUGUUUCAAUACCAAAUUGGUUAAAAAUUUUAUUAAAUAAGAAUAAUUAUAUUUCAUUAUUUGAAAAAUUUAAAAAUUUAGAAAUUGAAGAGAAGAAAAGAAUUAAUAAUUUAAUUCAAACAAAUUCUGUUACUUCAGGUAUUGAAUUAGGUUUUAAAAAUCGUUAUAAAGAUAUUUUCCCAUAUGAACAUAGUCGAGUUAAAUUAACUAAAACUCCAACUUAUGAAUCUUAUAAUAAUGAUUAUGAAUUUAAUAAUUAUAUUAAUGCAAAUUAUAUAAAUUGUCCUUCAAAUUUAUCAAAUUUAAAAUAUAUUGCAACACAAGCCCCAUUAUUAGAAACUACCCAAGAUUUUACAAAAUUAAUUAAAGAUAAUAAUGUACCAUUAAUUAUAUCAUUAACAAAUCAAUUUGAAAAUGGAGUUGAAAAAUGUUAUUCAUAUUGGAAUGAUUUAAAAAAUUUUAAAAUUUUACAAGAGGAAAAAAUUGAAAAUACAUUUAUCAUUAGAAGAUUAUGGUUACAAAAAUAUAAAUUUGAAAUUUUACAAAUUCAAAUCUUGAAUUGGUCAGAUUUUGAUAUAUUAUUAGAAAAUCAACAAAUUGAUAUAUUAAAAUUAAUUUAUUUAAAAAAAUUCAUCUUGGAGAAAUUAGAUAAAACUUUUGAAAAUGUUAUUGUUCAUUGUUCUGCAGGAUGUGGUAGAACUGGUACUUUUUGUACAUUAGAUUCUAUAAUAAAUUCAAAUAUAAAUAAUCAACAAGAAAAUAAUUUUGAAUUUGAUCCAAUUUUUCAAAUUGUGGAAAUUUUUAGAAAUCAAAGAAUUUCAAUGGUUCAAAAUUUAAGACAAUAUUUAUUUAUUUAUGAUUGUUUAUUAAAUUUUUUUAAAAAUUUUAAUAAUUUUAAUGAAGAUAAUGGGAAUAAUAAUGGAAAUAAUGAUAUUUUUAUUAAAUUACAAGAUUUAAAAAUUUUAAAUAAUUUUUUAAAUCAAAAUACCCAAGAAUGA